AAUGCAGUUUUGCACGAAUCAGAAAAGCGUCUCAUUUUUUUAGCUUCCCCGCUCUUCCUCUUCUCCUCGCGGAGGAGAGAGAGAGAGAGAGAGAGAGCAGAGUAGAGCUUUCGUGUUGAACCAAAAGCAAAUUCUCUCUCUGUGCCUAGGGUUUCCGCUCACACCAUUGCCACGCUUCCUCGCUCCUCCCGCGCCUCCGGUUCUACCGACAUCAGGCGGAGAUCGACGUCUUCUCGCAGAUUGAUUCGAAUUCUCCUAAUAUUCCAGCUUCUUUAUGUAAUCUGGGGCUUUUUUUUUUUAUAGGUCUUUCGUGGAUAAAAUCUUUGCACAGAUUGAGUGUACAGAUACGGAUUACUUCUCUCAAUGGUAUGCUCUCUCGGAAGUGGGAGAAUGGCAGCCAUGGAAAGGCUUCUUGUGGCUGGGAGCUUCUCACAAACCAUGGCAGAUGAAGUUGGGCACCGGAAAUUAUCUGCUCAAUACAUAUGUAGAGAACUAUGCGAGGCAGACGAAGCAAAUUUACUUGACGAAGAAGAUAUGCAUGUCUUUGGUUUGAAGCCUAUGGCUGAACCUUUGCAAUUGGUAUGUUGCAAUGCUUGCAAGAAGCCCAUCAAGGCCAGUCAAUAUGCGGCUCAUGCAGAACUCUGUAGGUCACUAAAUUCUAUAGAAGAAACUAUUUUGGAGUUUGAUGGCAGUGCUGUGAACAGGAAACUUCCAAAGAAGGAGAGAAAGAAGUUAUUAACUGCUUAUUCUAACCAAGCUACUCCUGUUGGGGGGAAAGAUAAGUCUGAAUCCGUGGAUGCUGAUAACUCUGCUGUAUCAGAAUCCCAGUUGGACAAUCAAGCUGGAAUAGCUUCUCGUGCAAAAAGAAAUUCAGCCUGUAUGGAUGUGGCAUCUAUGACGGAUGUUUCAGGAGUUAGUCCCGGAAAUAAGGACCACCCAGCUUGUCUAAUGCCGCCUCCAGCAAAACGUUCUAAACCGAUUGCAGCUGGUUGUCUACUUCUAUCAAAUGAUUCAGAAGCGGUAUCUGGUGUCAAAAAAAUCACAAGCACUGCAGAUGCAUUUCCCUAUGCUCCAGUUCCUCUAGCUACAAAAAUAUACUACUCACAAAGAACUUAUCGUCACCGAACAGAACUUACUCAUCUUUAUUGUGAGGCAUCAACCAAGGAACUUUGCAGUGAUAUGGUGAGUUCAAAGAAUUUACGGGAGAACAUGAUUCCAUUGCAAGUUUCAACUCCAAGGGAGUCUUCAGGUGAACCAAUGGAGGACGCGCUCACCAGGAAGCAGAGACAUACAUACACCAUGUCUUCUGUGCGAAGCCCUGAUCAAAUACUUGCACAAAGUUCAGAAGUAUGCUUGGGUAAAACUGGAGGAUUCCUCUCAACCAGUGACUUCCCCAAUCAGUUUCCUGUGGAUAAUGUUUUGAGGCCCGAGGCCACUCCUGUUGGAUUGAGAAGCAAAUAUAUUUCAAAGCCUUAUUCUUUUGCAGGCAAUUCAGGAAAACCACUGGGGACCAUGCAGCAGCCAAAUGGAGGUGUUCCUGUUUUAUAGGGGUCCUGGUGGGGAUUUUUGCUCGCAAAGUUGUAAUUAACCCAAUACAGGUUAGGAAUUAGAAUAUUUUUUUGAAAUUGGUAAAGGAAAUCAUUCCAAUUGUUUAUUCCAGCCUUCUGCAUUAUACUUGAUCUCAGACCUAUGUUUAUAAUCAAUGAAAAUGAAGGAAAUUUUAUUUCUA